AUGUCCUUAGUCAACCUAGCUCACUUUGCAUCACAUGUCAAGAACUGUACUAGAGUCAAUAUCUCCGCAACAUCGGUCCCCUUCUCUCGUCUACACCUCCAAGUAGCCUUGCAGUUGUACAAGGAAGGAUUCAUUUCUUCAGUGCAAAAGGGAUCCACCUCCGGACCAGACAUAAAACCUGUAGAUAUCACCCCAGAUAACGUAUCAACUCGUCGUUUGUGGUUGGGCUUGAAGUACCGUAACAAUCAACCUGUUCUCAGAGAUUUCUCGUUGAUCCUGAAGCCAGGCAGAAGAGUCAACUUGACUAACACCGAGGUCAAGGCAUUAGCAUCUGGAUUGACCGUAAGAUUCAUCAGACCCUUGCAACCAGCCGAGUGCAUGUUCAUCAAGACAGACGAAGAUGAAGUUGUAGAAAUCCAAGAAGCGGCAAAGAGACACUUGAGUGGGUUGGUGUUGUGCCGUGUUAAAUAG